AAGAUUAAAGCGCGAGAGCUAAUUACCAACGUCAUUGGAAUAAGGGAAUACUCUCGUCCUCUGCUCUUCGCUAUCGUAUGUCCUUCAUCGCUAGAAUGGUAAUCAUCAAUUCAACAAUAUUGUCCAUCAAAAAUCGAUAUUUGCGGUCGUUUGAAUAGAAAUCUUGGUCAAUCUAGUCCAAAUCAUUUCUUGAAGGGUUUUAAUUUGCGAUAAGGUUUUCCGCCUUGUUCUACCCUAAGCGUAAAAAUAGCCAACCUUAUUGCUAAUAGAGUGUUCUGGAAUAGCAAGUUAUAAUCGGAUGAGCGCCAACAGCGAGAACUUGGUCGGAUUUUGUGCUGCUUUGUUUCAUCAGUCACUCAAUCGUGUGCUAUUUUUAUACAGUCCUCUCGGGCAACAUUGAACUAAAAAAGACGCCUUACUACGCUAUUACAAAAUACCCGCAGCCUGAAAACAAUAAGUCCAAUAUUCAGGGUCAACAACAACCAAUCAGGGGUGAAUUAGAGCAGUUAUUAAAUCGAUGAUAUGUCUACAAAGAGCUGGGUUGAGGUCCUCGGCGAGCUGGCAGACCUAAUAACUGAUCCAACGGUUGCUCUUGAUAAGACUCUAAUGAGAGCUUAGGAAAUCAAGACGAAUUAGGGGCUCUAGGGGUUAUUCCGGUUGCAGAAUGCUUGGAGGACGUCUGUUCUCGGCUGAACCAUACCCAACUGCGCUUUGCUUCCGCUAGUAGCCAUGAAACGAAAAGACAAUAACAACACGUUAAAGAAGAACCGGAGCAAAGCGUCAUCGCAUCAGGGAAGAAUAGUCAAAGUGGUGAUCAUUGGAGAAGAUGGAGUCGGAAAAUCAGCGCUGACUGUGAGGUUUCUGACCAAGAGAUUUAUUGGCGAAUAUGACGACACACUUGAGUCGACGUAUCGUCAAGAUGCGGAGGUCGCCGGGGAGGUAGUGGCCAUAGAGCUGACAGACACCGCGGGAGAGAACUCGCCUGCAAAACUCGAGCGGUGUCUAGAAAUAGGCGAGGUCUUCGUUGUUUUGUACUCGAUCACGAGUCGGCACAGCUUUGACGAGGCGUCUCGGAUAGGAACGUACAUCAAAGAAAGAAAAAGCUCGGACGCCAUGACACUCACAUUGGUGGGGACCAAGAAAGACUUGGAACAUUUUCGCAUAGUGCAAGAAACCGAGGGAAGCGACUUAGCGCAGGAACUCGAGGCUACUUUCUUUGAAAUUUCAGUAUCAGAGAGUAAUGGCUUUACGGAUGUAUCUCGUAUCUUGCACAGCUCAAUCAAGAGAUUUAUCAAGCGGGAUAAGAUCGAGAAGGAGAAAGAAAAAGGAAACAAUUCGAUGUCUUUGUUAAAAAUGAAAGACAGCAUUAUAAGGAGGACACCAUCGUUCAGACGGAAAUCCAUUGCUGUCUUAUAAAGCAUGACAUCAAAGGAAAUUAAGUUAGUAAUAGUUCAGCUAGGUGGAAAAGGGGCCAAAAGUGCGAUAGUAGGAUGAUUUAGAUCCACGAGAUCAAGUAUUUCUUCCCGAGUCGUGUCAUGUUCAGGGCGGCAUUUCCUAUGCUUUCUCACGUCCUCUUUUGGAAUCGACGCCGGAAAUCAGCAGGAACACUAAAUUGAACGUGCGCGAAUCAGCGUCCUGGUGCCAGCCUCGUAGAUUUUGUAAUGUAUUUGAGAAAAACCUUAGGAUCAAAACGAAUAAACAGUAAUGGCGGA